GUAUACAUCAAAGUUAUAGACACAAAUAAUCACAGGCCUCAGUUUUCUUCUUCAAAAUAUGAAGUUGUUAUACCUGAAGACACCAUACCAGAGACAGAAAUUCUGCAAGUCAGUGCCACAGACAGAGAUGAGAAGAAUAAACUGAUUUAUACUAUGCAGGGCAGCACUGAUCCCAGCAGUCUUAAAAAAUUUCGUCUAGACCCUGGAACUGGCUCUCUUUGUACUUCAGAAAAACUGGAUCAUGAGACCAUGAACCAGCAUAUUCUCACAGUAAUGGUUCGAGAUCAAGAUGUUCCCGUAAAGCGCAACUAUGCUAGAAUCAUCAUUAAUGUUAGUGACACAAAUGAUCAUGCUCCGUGGUUCACCAGCUCUUCCUAUGAAGGACGGGUGUAUGAGUCAGCAGCUGUUGGAUCAGCAGUACUCCAGGUUACAGCAUUAGAUAAGGACAAAGGAAAAAAUGCAGAAAUUGUCUACUCUAUUGAAUCAGGGAAUAUUGGAAAUUCCUUCUUUAUAGAUCCUAUUUUGGGUACAAUUAAAACUGCAAAGGAAUUGGAUCGUAGUAACCAGGAAGAAUACAACCUGAUAGUAAAAGCUACAGACAAAGGAGAUCCUCCAAUGAGCGAAGUGACCUCUGUGCAUAUAUUUGUUACGGUUUCUGAUAAUGCCUCACCUAAAUUCUCAGCCAAAGAUUAUUCUACAGAAAUCAGUGAAAGUGCCAGUGUUGGUAGUUUUGUUGGAAUGGUUACAGCGUACAGUCAAUCUUCUGUAGUUUACGAAAUAAAAGAUGGUAACAUAGGCGACGCCUUUGCUAUCAACCCAAACUCAGGUGUUAUUGUUUCUCAGAAGACACUUGAUUUUGAAACUUUGCCCUUUUACACUCUGACUGUGCAAGGAACAAACAUGGCUGGCUUGUCCACUAAUGCAACAGUUUUAGUACAUCUUCGGGAUGAGAAUGACAACGCACCAGUUUUUAUGCAUGCUGAAUACACAGGACUCAUCAGUGAAUCAGCUUCAAUUAACAGCGUGGUUCUGACUGACAAGAAUAUCCCAUUAGUAAUUCGAGCUACAGAUGCUGAUAAAGAAUCUAAUGCUUUGCUUGUUUAUCAAAUUGUUGAACCAUCUGUCCGCAAGUAUUUUGCCAUCGAUUCUAGCACUGGUGCCAUUAGGACAGUAAUGAGUCUGGACUACGAGGAGACAAAUAUUUUCCACUUUUCAGUGCAAGUACAUGAUAUGGGGAUACCACGUUUAUAUGCAGAAUAUGCAGCUAAUGUUACUAUUUAUGUAAUCGACAUCAAUGAUUGCCCUCCUGUGUUUUCAAGAGAGUUGUACGAGACAUCCAUUUUGGUUCCAACCUAUAAAGGUGUGAAAGUCAUCAGCGUAAAUGCCACUGAUGCUGAUUCAGGCGUGUUUUCACAAUUAAUUUAUUCCAUUAUUGAAGGCAACAUUGGAGAAAAAUUUUCAAUGAACCCUAAGACUGGAGAUAUAACAGUACAAAACACAACUCAGUUAAGAAGCAGGUAUGAAUUAACGGUGAGAGCAUCUGAUGGCAGAUUUGCAAGCACUGCAUCUGUAAAAAUUAAUGUGAAGGAAAGCAAGGCAAGCCAGCUGAAGUUCACACAGAGUUCUUACUCUGCAACAGUGCAGGAGAAUUCCACAGAGGCAAAAACAAUAGCUGUUGUUACUGCUAUAGGAAAUCAAAUAAACGAGCCUUUGUUUUACCAUAUUCUAAAUCCGGACAGCAGAUUUAAAAUAAGCCCAACUUCAGGAAUCCUUUCAACGACAGGAAUACCAUUUGAUCGAGAACAGCAAGAAUCUUUUGAUGUGGUCAUAGAAGUGACAGAGGAAUAUAAACCAUCAGUUGUUGCACACAUUGUAGUUAAAGUCACAGUGGAAGAUGUAAAUGAUAAUGCUCCUUUUUUUGUCAAUCUUCCAUAUUAUGCUGUUGUUAAAGUAGACUCUGAAGUAGGCCAUGUUAUUCGACGUGUCACUGCAGUAGAUAAAGAUACAGGCAGAAAUGGAGAGGUGCAUUACUAUCUCAAAGAACAUCAUGAACAUUUCCAAAUUGAUCCCACUGGUGAAAUCUCACUGAAGAAGAAGUUUGAACCAGACACACUAAAUAAGGAGUAUCUGGUCACAGUAGUGGCAAAAGAUGGAGGAAACCCUGCUUUUUCUGCUGAAGUUAUAGUCCCAAUUACAGUUAUGAGUAAAGCUAUGCCGGUGUUUGAAAAGCCUUUCUACAGUGCAGAGAUACCAGAAAACAUUCAGCUCCAUAGUCCUGUGGUACAUGUACAAGCAAACAGCCCGGAAGGACUUAAGGUGUUUUACAGCAUCACAGAUGGAGAUCCUUUCAAUCAGUUCACUAUCAACUUCAACACUGGAGUUAUAAAUGUUGUUGCUCCUCUUGACUUUGAGUCUCAUCCAGCCUACAAACUGAGUAUUCGAGCAACAGACUCCCUAACUGGGGCACAUGCUGAUGUGUUUGUAGACAUAAUAGUGGAAGACAUCAAUGAUAAUCCUCCUGUGUUCACAGAGCCAUCUUACACUGCAACCCUUUCUGAGGCAUCUGUCAUCGGAACAUCUGUUGUACAAGUCAGCGCUACAGAUGCUGAUUCUGGAACAAACAGGGGGAUUUCCUAUCACCUGGUUGAGGAUAAUAGUGGAAGUCAUGACUACUUCCACAUAGAUAGCAGCACUGGACUCAUUCUUACAGCAAAAACUUUGGACUAUGAACAAAUAAAACAGCACAGGUUACUAAUAAGGGCCAUAGAUGGUGGCAUGCUGCCCUUGAGUAGUGAUACCGUUGUAACUGUUGAUGUAACUGACCUCAAUGAUAACCCGCCUCUUUUUAACCAACUGCUUUAUGAAGCUAAAAUCAGUGAACUGGCUCCCCGAGGGCAUUUUGUGACAUGUGUGCAAGCCUCAGAUGCAGAUAGCUCAGAUGUUGACAAGCUGGAGUACUCCAUUCUGACAGGCAAUGAACAAAAGAAUUUUGUCAUUAAUAGUAAAACUGGCAUUAUCACCAUCUCAAACCUGCGCAGACAGGCACUGAAGCCACAUUAUAAUCUUAAUGUGUCUGUUUCUGAUGGGGUCUUCAGAAGCUCAGCCCAAGUCCAUAUAACUGUAACCAGUGCCAAUAUGCACAGUCCUGUUUUCAGCCAGAAUGACUAUGAGGUUGAACUAGCUGAAAAUGCUCCCUUGCAUACUUUGGUGACUGAAGUUAAAGCAACAGAUGAAGAUUCUGGGACUUACGGCCACAUCACUUACCACAUUGUGAAUGACUUUGCCAAAGACAGAUUUUAUACAAAUGAGAGAGGGCAGAUAUUUACCUCCAAAAAGCUUGACCGUGAAACACAAGCAGAAAAAGUAAUUGCCAUUAGUCUAAUGGCCAAAGAUUCAGGAGGAAAAGUUGCUUUCUGUACUGUUAAUGUAAUACUUACAGAUGACAAUGAUAAUGCUCCUCAGUUCCGAGCAACAGAGUACGAAGUCAAUAUUGGAUCUGAUGUUCCGCGGGGUACUUCUGUCAUUAAAGUCUGGGCAUCUGAUGCUGAUGAGGGUACAAAUGCAGACAUCAUAUAUGCUAUUGAAGCAGAGUCUGAAAACGUUAAAGAGAAUUUAGAAAUUGAUUCAUUGUCUGGUAUAAUUACUACAAAAGAAAGCUUAAUUGGUUUAGAAAAUGAGUUUCUGACUUUCUUUGUUAGAGCAGUCGAUGGUGGAUCUCCCAAAAAAGAGUCAGUUGUUCCUGUCUAUGCUAGAAUACUCCCACCAGAAGUACCUCUUCCAAAAUUUUCAGAGCCUUUUUAUUCUUACACAGUUUCUGAGGACAUUCCAAUUGGGACUGAUAUAGAUGUUGUCAAAGCAGAGCAUAAUCAGACUUUAGUAUAUAGUCUGAUUAAAGGGAACACUCCUGAAAGCAAUAGAGAUGAAUUUUUUGUGAUUGACCGACAGACUGGAGAGUUGAAACUUGAGAAGAAUCUUGAUCAUGAAACCACUAAAUGGUACCAGUUCUCAGUUAGAGCACAGUACGCAAAUGAAGGUUAUAAUGUUGUUUCUUCAGUAGAGGUAAGCAUUCAGGUAAAAGAUGCAAAUGAUAACAAGCCAGUUUUGGAGUCCAAUCCAUACGAAGCGUUCAUCGUAGAAAACAUGCCGGCUGGAACAAGAGUCAUCCAGGUUAAAGGAACUGACUUAGAUUCAGGACUUAAUGGGCAGGUUACUUACGGCUUGGAUCCUUCUCAAGAGCUAGACACUAUAGAGUCUUUUGCCAUCAACAUGGAAACUGGCUGGAUUACCACCCUCAAAGAACUCGAUCAUGAGAAACGAGACAAAUACAGAAUCACAGUGGUUGCAUCUGAUCGUGGUGAAAAAAUUCAACUGUCUUCUAUGGCUGUGGUUGAAGUUACUGUUACGGAUGUUAAUGACAAUCCUCCACGCUUUACUGCAGAGAUAUAUAAAGGAACAGUCAGUGAGGAUGACCCUCCUGGGGGCGUAAUUGCUAUCCUGAGUACAACUGAUGCCGAUACAGAAGAAGCCAACAGACAAGUCUCUUAUUACAUCACAG